AUGUUGGCUAAAAACAGGAAACCCACCCCACCCCCACCCCCGGUAGCCUGCUUACAGUACAGUGGGCCUCCAGCUCGCAGGAAUAGACCUAUGGACCCAGUUGGUGGUGGUCUCAACAGGCAUUUCAGUGCUUUUAUAGGUAAGCCCUGGGCUAGGUGCUGCAAGGCAUCUAAGCAUGAAGACACAGCCCAGGUUCAUUUGCCAUAUGAUGAAGAUACAAUGCAUGGUUGGGUGUUUUCUUUCAGCACCUCAUGGACCUCAGCAAAAGUGGAUGUGAAUGGUGUUCGUCUACACUAUCAGCGCACUGGAGAGGGAGAUCACGCAGUCUUGCUGCUUCCUGGACUGCUAGGAAGUGGAGAGACUGAUUUUGAACCUCAGCUUAAGAAGCUGAAUAAGAAGCGUUUCACUUUGGUUGCCUGGGAACCUCGAGGCUAUGGACAUUCCAGACCUCCAGAUCGAGACUUCCCAGUGACUUUUUAUGAAAGGGAUGCCAAAGAUGCUGUUGAUUUGAUGAAGACACUGAAGUUUCCGAAGAUUUCUCUUCUGGGAUGGAGUGGUGGUGGGAUAACGGCACUUGUUGCAGCUGCAAAAUACCCAUCUUACAUCAACCAGAUGGUGAUUUGGGGGGCCAGUUCCUAUGUCACUGAUGAGGAUGAAAGGAUUUACCAGGGAAUCCGAGACAUUUCUAAAUGGAGUGAAAGAACAAGAAAAUCAUUAGAAGCCCUUUAUGGAUAUGACUACCUUGCUCAAACCUGUGAAAAGUGGAUGGAUGGUGUUCUCCAGUUCAAGCAUCUGCAAGAUGGCAAUAUCUGCCGGCACUUGUUGCCCCUCAUUCAGUGCCCCACAUUGAUUGUCCAUGGGGAGAAGGACCCUAUAGUCCCAUGCUUUCAUGCAGAAUUCAUCCAUAAACAUAUUAAAGGAUCACGGUUGCAUCUGAUGCCUGAAGGAAAGCACAACGUGCAUUUACAUUUUGCAAAUGAAUUCAACAACUUAGUGGAGGACUUCCUACAGUGA